AUGGUGGUGCGGUCCAGCGCCGACCAAACGGACGUCAAGCGCCAGCCGGCCGUCAAGGGCCAGCCGGCAGCCGUCAAGAGCGAGCGGCAGCUGACGGCGGAGGAGCACUGGGAGUGGCACGCGCCGCACAUCCGCAACUGGCGCGGCGAGUGGAAGAUCUGGAAGCCCGUGGACAGCGACGCGCUGCAGAAAUCGUUCAAAUCCGUCCGUUCGUUUCAGUUCAAGGAUGAGGAGAAGACAGCUUUUGACCAUGUGAAUGACUGGUACGAGGAGAAGGGGGAUCUGACUAUGACUCCCUUGUCAGGGGUAACUUGGGAAAUUUCCUGCAAAGAACACAGCCUGCCCGAUGGCAUCAUGCACCCUGCCCGCCCGUCGCACCGUGUGCUGUGCGUCAAUCCCAAGGGCGAGGGCGCGUGGGUGCAGCAGCAGUUCAGAGGGCCACAGGAGGGGCUUUACCUUGAAGCCUUCUUCAGCAAAGUUCUGUGUGUUCCCAAGAGCCUUGAGCUGGUGGUGGGAAAGCCAUUUAGCAUGUCUGCCACGUGGCAUGUGAGCAGGCAUGAGGUGAAGCGAGUGCUUGCUUCAUACGAUGCAACGGGGAAGCUGCUGGGGCUGUCUGGAGGUGAUUACACCCACUGA